CCUGCCGCUGCUCCUGCCAGCCAGCUGCCACGCCCUCCGACUGACCAACGGGGGCGGCAGCCUGAGCAAGGGCGGGGCGGCCAACAAGGAGCAGCUCAACAUCGGCCUGAUCGCCCCGCACACGAACUUCGGGAAGCGCGAGUACCUGCGCAGCAUCAACAACGCGGUCACCGGCCUGACGAAGACGCGGGGUGCCAAGCUGACCUUCCUCAAGGACUACUCCUUCGAGCAGAAGAACAUCCACUUCGACAUGAUGUCGUUGACGCCCAGUCCGACAGCCAUCCUGAGCACCCUGUGCAAGGAGUUCCUGCGCGUGAACGUGUCGGCCAUCCUGUACAUGAUGAACAACGAGCAGUUCGGACACAGCACGGCCUCCGCGCAGUACUUCCUCCAGCUGGCCGGCUACCUGGGCAUCCCGGUGAUCUCGUGGAACGCGGACAACUCGGGUCUGGAGCGGCGGGCCUCCCAGUCGACGCUGCAGCUGCAGCUGGCGCCGAGCAUCGAGCACCAGAGCGCCGCCAUGCUGAGCAUCCUGGAGCGCUACAAGUGGCACCAGUUCUCGGUGGUCACCUCGCAGAUAGCCGGCCACGACGACUUCGUGCAGGCGGUCCGGGAGCGCGUGGCCGAGAUGCAGGAGCACUUCAAGUUCACCAUCCUCAACUCGAUCGUGGUCACGCGGACCAGCGACCUCAUGGAGCUGGUCAACAGCGAGGCCCGCGUGAUGCUGCUCUACGCCACGCAGACGGAGGCCAUCACCAUCCUGCGCGCCGCCGAGGAGAUGAAGCUCACCGGCGAGAACUACGUCUGGGUGGUCAGCCAGUCGGUCAUCGAGAAGAAGGACGCCCACUCCCAGUUCCCCGUCGGGAUGCUCGGCGUCCACUUCGACACCUCCAGCGCGGCGCUGAUGAACGAGAUCUCCAACGCCAUCAAGAUCUACAGCUACGGCGUGGAGGCCUAUCUGACGGACCCGGCCAACCGCGACCGCCGCCUCACCACCCAGGCGCUCUCUUGCGAGGACGAAGGACGCGGUCGCUGGGACAACGGAGAAACCUUCUUCAAGUACUUGCGCAAUGUGUCCAUCGAGGGGGACUUGAACAAGCCGAACAUCGAGUUCACGGCAGACGGAGACCUGCGCUCCGCGGAGCUCAAGAUCAUGAACCUCCGGCCGAGCGCCAACAACAAGAACCUCGUGUGGGAGGAGAUUGGAGUGUGGAAGUCCUGGGAGACGCAGAAGCUGGACAUCCGCGACAUUGCGUGGCCCGGCAACUCGCACGCCCCGCCCCAGGGCGUGCCGGAGAAGUUCCAUUUGAAGAUCACAUUCCUCGAAGAGGCACCCUAUAUCAAUCUGUCGCCCGCGGACCCGGUGAGUGGCAAGUGCCUGAUGGACCGCGGUGUGCUCUGCCGGGUGGCGGCCGACCACGAGAUGGCCGCCGACAUCGACGUGGGCCAGGCACACCGCAACGAGUCCUUCUACCAGUGCUGCAGCGGCUUCUGCAUCGACCUGCUCGAGAAGUUCGCCGAGGAGCUGGGCUUCACCUACGAGCUGGUGCGGGUCGAAGAUGGUAAAUGGGGUACCCUCGAGAAUGGCAAGUGGAACGGCCUGAUCGCCGACCUGGUCAACCGCAAGACGGACAUGGUCCUCACCUCGCUGAUGAUCAACACGGAGCGCGAGGCGGUGGUCGACUUCUCCGAGCCGUUCAUGGAGACCGGCAUCGCCAUCGUGGUGGCCAAGCGCACGGGCAUCAUCUCGCCCACCGCCUUCCUGGAGCCGUUCGACACGGCUUCCUGGAUGCUGGUGGGCAUCGUGGCCAUCCAGGCGGCAACCUUCAUGAUCUUCCUCUUCGAGUGGCUCUCGCCCAGCGGCUACGACAUGAAGCUGUACCUGCAGAACACCAACGUGACCCCGUACCGCUUCUCCCUGUUCCGCACCUACUGGCUGGUGUGGGCCGUGCUCUUCCAGGCCGCCGUCCACGUGGACUCGCCGCGCGGCUUCACCUCGCGGUUCAUGACCAACGUGUGGGCCCUCUUCGCCGUCGUGUUCCUUGCCAUAUACACUGCCAACCUGGCCGCCUUCAUGAUAACCAGGGAGGAGUUCCACGAGUUCAGCGGUCUCAACGACAGCCGUCUGGUACACCCCUUCUCCCAUAAGCCCUCCUUCAAGUUCGGCACCAUCCCGUACAGCCACACGGACUCGACCAUCCACAAGUACUUCAACGUGAUGCACAACUACAUGCGGCAGUACAACAAGACCAGCGUCGCCGACGGAGUGGCCGCCGUGCUCAACGGCAACUUGGACUCCUUCAUCUACGACGGCACUGUGCUGGACUACCUAGUCGCCCAGGACGAGGACUGCCGGCUCAUGACCGUCGGCAGCUGGUAUGCCAUGACGGGCUACGGACUGGCAUUCAGCCGCAACUCCAAGUACGUGCAGAUGUUCAACAAGCGCCUGCUCGAGUUCCGGGCGAACGGGGACCUGGAGCGACUGCGACGCUACUGGAUGACGGGCACGUGCCGGCCGGGCAAGCAGGAGCACAAGUCCUCGGACCCGCUGGCCCUCGAGCAGUUCCUGUCCGCCUUCCUGCUCCUAAUGGCCGGCAUCCUGCUGGCGGCCCUGCUGCUGCUGCUGGAGCACGUCUACUUCAAGUACAUCCGCAAGCGGCUGGCCAAGAAGGACGGCGGCCACUGCUGCGCGCUCAUCUCGCUGUCGAUGGGCAAGUCGCUCACCUUCCGCGGCGCCGUCUUCGAGGCCACCGAGAUCCUCAAGAAGCACCGCUGCAACGACCCCAUUUGCGACACGCACCUCUGGAAGGUCAAGCACGAGCUGGACAUGUCCCGCCUGCGUGUCCGCCAGCUGGAGAAGGUCAUGGACAAGCACGGCAUCAAGGCGCCGCAGCUGAGACUGGCGUCCUCCUCGGAUCUGCUGAACCACCAUCAUCUCAAGGAGCGGCCGCCGCUGCUGGGCAACCUGAGUCUCGCCGCCAGUGCCCAAGAUCUAUACAGGUGGUCGUAUAAGACGGAAAUCGCCGAGAUGGAGACGGUGCUCUGAAGCGUCUGGAGCGGAAAGUUAAGCUGCUACGUUUUCGAACUAACUGAAGUCAGAGUGCAAUCCUAGACCGAGUUUGUCUAAUCAAAAUCAACGUUUCAAAUAAUAUGUAAAUUGAAAGCUUUCGACAGAGAGAUACGAGUAACGGCAAACAAACCCAAGCGCCUCACGAGAAUCAACCGCACACACUCGAAAAUCGAGAAACUUAAACGACGAGAAACCCAGAUUUCAAGAUUGUAUAAAGUUAAACUUAAUGUAACAGUAAAGCAACAGUUAAACUAAAAAGAACACGGGAAACGUAAAAACUGAAAAGCAACCGCCGCACGAGUAUUUCAUAACAUAAGUUUUAAAGAAGGUCGAGGAUUAGAAGAAGAGAAACAAGCUAGGGAGAUCAACCGUUACAUUUUUGACGUUUGAACUGUUAACCGUUAACACAAGGCAGGGGAAAGACGAUGAGUAGUUCUAACCCAGAGAUGGGUAUGUUUGUAUUUAAUCCGUUUGAUUGUUUGUGAUUGUUUUUUCCUUUGUUAACUUUUUUUUCGGAUAGUAAAUAUUUACGAAAUCAUACUCAAGUAAGCGUAUGGAAGGGUUACAAACAUGCAGGAUGAGGACAGAACGAGGCGUAGUUGCCACGCCCAUUAUUAAAUAUACACAUUAACAGAUUUAUAUGUAUUUACCUUGCUAUGAUUACGACGAUAUAAAUGUUAUUGCAUAUACACGUACAUAUAUAUAUACAUUUAAAGAACAAAACAAGAAAUAUUUACAUAUUAAUAUACAUGUAUGUACUUAUAUUUUUUUUCUGGUUUUCUGAUUUUGAUAAACAAAUUGCUUGUGUGCCGCUAACAAAAACAAAGAAAAAACACCAACAAGAAUUAGAAGCAAGGCCGAAAACGAAAAUUGCAUCUCGCUAGGAGAUAACCACACGACUACGAGGCUUCAAUUUAGUUGCUCCCUUCUGUUAGCUGGUCAACUGUUUGCCAGCGUUCUUGUAUUUCUUUUACCUUCACUUCAAUUUCGCUUGCACGCCGAAGAAUAAUCCUUUCGUUUAAGCCCCCAACAUCCUUCUCCUAUCCAGAAGACAUACAAAUGAGAAUUUGACUUACUAGUAGUUCGACUCUCUUGCAUUUGGCCUAAAGUUAAUGCAGUCAUUCUCUCUUUCUCCCUCUCUUUCUCUCUCUCUCUCUCUCUCCCACAAAUUCCACAUCCAAAUGAUGUUUGCAAACAACAAUUUAGUAUUAAAACAGUGGGCGAGAGGAGGCAGAACAAGGACGAGCAGCUAGAAGAGAGGGGAAGGAAGGAGAAAACAAACCACCACACAUCAUCACACCAUCCCCCAACCCCCCCUUCCCCCCGCUCACACUUACACACUUGCCUAACUAGAAAGAGAUAAAAAAAAGUAUUUAUAAAUGUGCAUUGUUGUUGUGGCGCGCAAAACAUGCUUAAAUCAGAAUAAAAGUAAACUCGAAAUCGAAUUAAAUAUGUAAAAAGUUUAAACGAUGAAACGCAUCAACUUAAAACGCGACUUAAAAAAUGAACUUAACGAAGAACCAGAGGAGAUGUGUUGUGUUGGUAUUUGUUUAUGUGUGUCUUCUAAGUGUUUAGCGAGGAUAACGAAUACCCUAAGCAAGCGCAAAAUGUAAAUGUAACGAACAAAAUUUAACAAUCACUCUUAAGUCGGUAUGACAAACUAAUCCAACGUUAAAACAAAAAAAAAACACUAGUACAGCAACCAAACUCACACGGCCUUUCGGCUGUGUGUGUGCUUCUUAGAUACUCUUUUCGUUAAAUGCUAAAUUUUUUCAAUUAAACCGUUGAUGGGUUCCCGUAAAGCUCCCACCCACUCAAUGUUUAAAACGACGAGAGAGGUGCGAGACGGCGAAGGCAACGACAACGACAACACAGCACUUUCAGUAACUAGAACAACACUCGACUAACGGACUUGACAGGAUAUCAGCGAGAGCGAAUACAAAGACAAGCAACAAGAACAAUGUUAACAGAAAAGCAUAAAAACAAAGGAACUUAUUGAGUUUUAUUUGCAAAAGAGUGAUUUUUUGUAGUGAAAAUAUUUUAUACACAAGUUAUGGAUGAUUCGAGCGUGGGAAAUAGCGAAAUGUUAAUUAUUACGUAUAUGUAUAUAUUUUUUAAGAGAAGUUGUUCAGAAUAUUAUACGAGUACUACCAAACAAAACGAGUCGAAAAAUGAAAAAUGAAGCUGAGGCCAAAGGAAACGCAUUAUGAAACUGGAAAAUGAUGUUGCAGACAACAAUGUAGUAUUAAUUCAGUGGGCAAAGAAAAGCAGGACGUGGAAGCAAAAGGAAGAGCGGAAGAGCAAAGGGAAAACCAAACCUUUACGGACAAAUUAAAACAAGUAAAACAAGUUAACAUUACAUUAUAUAAGUAGUUAGUAAUUUAAAACUAAACCCAAAGAAAAUAAGCUAAACAUCACGACAAAUGAUACUAAAAGCAAACAAAAAAAAUGUUUAUGUAUACAAAAAGAUGUUUUUUUUUUAAUAUUAUUAAUGUUAUUAAGUUACAAGUGCGAAAAACGAGCGAAAACAUUCACGCUGUCCAGACACUAACGCAAACACGCCCAAAGGCGUAUACACGAAUAACGAGUGCAUUUUGUUAGGUGUUAAAGAUAAAAAGCCAAAAGAAAUCCGAAGAAACAUUAACAUAAAUUGAAAUCGAAUCAAUUUUUAAACGCAAUGAUAUCUCCACGAACAUAACGAAUUGAGCAUAAGCCGCCGGUGAAUUUGAAUCUAAACUGAAUCUAAAAUAAGCGAAAUAAGUGAGCGCCCUCACCUGUCCACACCAAAGCAAAGGAGAAAGCUGGACGGCACGACGGCUGAUUGUACUUCAAGUUACUAACACGACACAAUUUUUAAAUCACUGAUUGAGCAAAGGAGCGUUUCACGUACAUCAACUAAAUGGAAUAUGCGUACAUUGUUGUGGUAGUUACAGAUGGCGAGGAGUAACACGUAAAUUAUAAUAUAAACAAACUUGCAAUAAAUGUGUAUACAAAA